AUGGCGUCCCUGCGCGCCCUCGCGGCGCUUCUACUCGUCAGCGUAAGUAGCGCGUCCAACGCAAAGGGCCAGGCGUUCCUGGACGGUAACAAGGGCGCCGCGGGCGUCGUCGUGCUGCCAUCGGGCCUGCAGUACAAGGUGCUGAAGGCGGCGACCAAUCAGUCUGCGCCGCGGCCGUCGGCGGGCACGCCGUGCCAGUGCCACUACGAGGGGCGCUUGCUCGACGGGACCGUGUUUGACUCGUCCCGCAAGCGCGGCUCGCCCACCACGUUUGCGCCGUCCCAGGCGCUGCAGCUGAUGCGGGCGGGUGACCGCUGGGAGCUGUACAUCCCGAGCGAGCUGGCGUACGGGUCGCGCGGCGCCGGCGGCAAGAUCGGAGCCGACGAGGUGCUGAUCUUCGACCUCGAGCUCCUCUCGCUCAACACUGGCGGAGUCGGGCCGGUGAUGGCGGUGAUGAGCACUCCGCUGCUGGGCCCUCUCGCGCCGUGGCACCUCGUGCUCCUCGCCCUGCUGGCGUACCGGUUCAUACUGGGUUCGGUACUCUGGGGGUAUGGUACUAGGCACCUCGUGCUCCUCGCCCUGCUGGCGUACCGGUUCAUACUGGGUUCGGUACUCUGGGGGUAUGGUACUAGGCACCUCGUGCUCCUCGCCCUGCUGGCGUACCGCCACAUCCUCGUGAAGGAGGAGGAGGCCGAGCUCGCUGACAAGGCUGGCGACGCCGAGGCGCAGAGGAUACAAUAG